AUGUAUCUUAUAUGCAUAUGGAUCAAAGAUACUGAGGAUUGUCAUCAGGCACUUAAAACCAAUGAAUCUUCUUGGGCGUAUCCUCAAUCAACAAAAACUAAAAUUAAAUAUGAAGAUAUCAAUGAAUUUGCUGAAAAUUCUGCUGAAGAAUUUAUGAAGCUAAUUAAUGAAUCGGCUGUUGAAGAAAUUAUAACUGAAGAUGGAGUACAAAAUAGUGUAAGUUCAUCCGAAAUAAUAUCUAACAAAAUUACUGAAGAACUUGUAGUAGUACAUGCUGCAUUAUUUUGCCAAAAGAAUGAUGGAUCUCUACAACUUUCUCUAAAAUUUUGGCAUAGCUUUCGCGAGUUAUUCUUUUAUGAAUAUAAGGCAUUCUCGGAGCAAAUGCGCCAAAAAUAUAACGAUGAUAUCGAUAAAUCGGUUAUUCAGCAUUUGAUAAACUCAUUGCAAUACAGAAACCAUGAAGGCUAUUUGGAUUCAACUCCUAUUCAAGAGAAAAAUACUUUAAAAAAAAAUGAUAGAUUAUAUUAA